UGACAGCUAUUUCCUCCCUCAAUCUCACUCCCCUGCCUCUCCCUGCCCGGGGCCUCCUGUCUAGCUGCUGCCAGGAGCUGGCUGCCUCCAGAGCUGGGAACCUGUGCUCUCUCUGUGCCCAGAGCGCAUCAUGUCGGCUAACGUCACGACGACGCUGCUCUGCCCCCUGCUGGAGCAGAUGCGCCAGCUGCAAAGCCACCGGAACUCCAGCGUCCGCUACAUGGACUACGCGUCGGUAGUGCUGCACGGGCUGGCGGGGCUGCUGGGCCUUCUGGAGAACGGGCUCAUUCUCUUUGUGGUGGGCUGCCGCAUGCGCCAGACUGUGGUCACCACCUGGGUGCUGCACCUGGCGCUGUCCGACCUGCUGGCCACCGCCUCGCUGCCCUUCUUCACCUACUUUCUGGCCGUGGGCCACUCGUGGGAGCUGGGCACCACCUUCUGCAAGCUGCACUCCUCCAUCUUCUUCCUCAACAUGUUCGCCAGCGGCUUCCUGCUCAGUGCCAUCAGCCUGGACCGCUGCCUGCGGGUGGUGCGGCCCGUGUGGGCGCAGAACCAUCGCACGGCGGCCGCGGCCCACAGGGUCUGCCUGGUGCUCUGGGCCCUGGCUGUGCUCAACACGGUGCCCUACUUCGUGUUCCGGGACACCAUCCGGAGGCUGGACGGGCGCACCAUGUGCUACUACAACGUCCUGCUGCUGAACCCCGGGCCCGACCGCGACGCCACGUGCAAUGCACGCCACGUGGCCCUGGCCGUCAGCAAGUUCCUGGUGGCCUUCGUCGUGCCGUUGGCCAUCAUCGCCUCGAGCCACGCGGCUGUGAGCACGCAGCUGCGCCACCGCGGCUGCCGGCGGCCCAACCGCUUCGUGCGCCUGGUGGCGGCCGUGGUGGUGGCCUUCGCGCUCUGCUGGGGCCCCUACCACGUGUUCAGCCUGCUGGAGGCGCGGGCGCACGCGGACGCGGCAUUGCGGCCGCUCACGUGGCGCGGACUGCCCCUGGUCACCAGUCUGGCCUUCCUCAACAGCGUGGUAAACCCGCUGCUCUACGUGCUCACCUGCCCCGACGUGCUGCACAAGCUGCGGCGCUCGCUGCGCAGCGUGCUGGAGUCCGUGCUGGUGGACGACAGCGAGCUGGGCGGGUCGGGCAGCCGCCGCCGCCGCGCCUCUUCCAGCACCGCUCCGGCCGCGGCAGCGCCGCUCGGCAGCGGCCGCGGGCUCCCGCCCGGGCUCCGGCCUGCGCGCCUGCUCCGCUGGCUGCCAGGCGUCCGCGCAGCGUCCCCGCAGAAGAGCCGGGCGCGCUCCCAGGACGAGAGGGGCCCUCUGAACGCGGCGCUGGGCACCACCUCAGGCUAGGAGCGCGGCCCGGGACCACCCGGCCCGGGCUGGGGCCUUUCUCCGGGAGGCACAGGCCGGGCAGCGGCGCAGAGCACAGACGCGGGGGGCCCUGGCACUGAACUGUAGCUACCUUGUCUGUUCGGGUCAGGACUCCGGAAUCUGCAUUGUGAAGUGCCCUGCGUGACUCAGAGAACCUUUUGCAGACUCCAAGUGAGUUAAGAGUGCUUCCCAAACAACUGUGCCAGUCACGUAGGGAUCCGGGUAAAGUGCGGUCUGCGUGGGCAGGUAGGCAGGGUGCCGAGAUUCUGCAAUCCUGAGCUCCCAGGAGAUCUGAGCUGCUGUGGCCCGCGCACCACACGUGGAGUGACACCGUGUUAAAAUCCUAAGAAUUUCCACAUCGGCAUAAUAGCUCCCCAAGGUACACAGGACCCAUUUCUCUGGAACUUAAUUUUACCAGAUGAUGGGGUGGGGGCAGGGCGAUACUAGAAGCCAGUGAUGUAUUUUUGGAAUAGAAAAGUGAGAUCCGGGAAGGUUUGGGAAGACUGCUUCAAUCUGAUCUUUUCAUUUUAGUCAUCUAGCCAAUGCUUACUGAGCCAGGCACCGUUCCCAUAGUCUGGGGGAGUUAGGUUCUAUUAGUCCGUUUUUGCCUUUGAGCAAAGGCAGGCACAGGGAGGUUUGGUAACUUGCCCGAAGUAUAGAGUCUGCAGGUUAACCAUUAAACCUUACACGCUAAAUUACUACUUAGUAAGUGAAAGAAUACCCCUGGCAUACCUAAGUUACUUAAGACAGUAACGGCACAGGAGCCCCCCUCCCUACCCUUCUGACCCAGCAUUACCCCCAAAUAUUCAUAAGGUGGAAAAAGCAAGGAAGGCCACGGUCAAAUGUUUGGAAAACCUGGGCUAAACAAAGUGCAACAUGCACCUUUACUGGGUCUUCAGUCUAGUAUUUGAAUAUGCACGGCAGCCUCCGAGCCCACAGCACACGGCAGUUCCUAGCUGGUCUGACACCUGUGCAGCCAUGCUGUUCCACGGGAUGCCCUAUGAGCAAUGCUGCCAAUCCUAAGACCUUGGCAACCCCACCUCCCAACCACACAGGGGCUGGGCAGCUGUCACUUCCAGUUGGUAGCCGUCUGUCAUUGCACUUCCAGUCUACCAUGUCUAUUCCUGUACCCACCAUGGACUUGAGUACGAGGACUGCUGUAGUUAGUGCUGCAUCCAGGGCCCUGUGCAGAGUUGGUAAAAUGUUUGGUGGAUGAUGGUCAGUGGAAGAGUAGGAGAAACUCUUGAGAUCUUGGUCUCUGUUCCUUGUACCAGCCACCCCCAGGCUGGGGUCUGUGAAGCCUGCACUGACUGUUUACUCUCAGUGCUGGACAGGGCCCGGCCCAACAGAUGCCCAGCAAACCCAACAGCAGAUGCCACAUUAGCACCUCACCCCUGCUCCUUCCUGCACCUCCCCAGCUUUACUCACAGCACUUUUUGCCACCUGACACACAAUAUAUUUUACUUGUUUAUUGUUUUCUCCACCAGAAUGAAAGCUCCUUGAGGGCAGAGACUUUGGUCUGUAUUCCCUGGUACCUAGAAUUUUGCCUGUACACAGCAGGUGUAAAUAAAUAUUUUUCUCAUAGAA